GCAGGGAUUUGUCUUUACAGCCGCGAGUGCGGGCCUGUGUCGCGGACAUCGUUGAAUGUGAGCGAGCGCUACGCCGAGCCGACGCGCUCGGCGUCGUUAGCUCAUGUCGCUCUUCCUUGGCGCUUGCAGCACAUGAUGCGGUUGCAGCUUCUCGCCCCCGAGGCGUGGAUUUGCUGGACAGCUUGGAUGAUCCAGGAACGCCUUUUGCCGAAUCGGCAGAGAUGCCGGCUUCUGCGGUAGGAGAAGUUGCCUUCUGCGUUUCAUGGCUAGCGUGCAUGUGGGGUCGCGCGGCGCUAGCCGGCAUACAUCCGCAGGUAUCGCUUGAGCUGGCGGAGCUGUGGUCAUCCAGAAUGGGCAAGCCCGCAACGCUGCAGGAUUUCGCCGACAUCCAUCAGUCUUUCCAGGAGCUGGACAUGUAUGGCAUUGAGGAACUCCUUUGGAAGGAGCGCUAGUCGCUGGAUGGAGCGAGAAAGCCGUUGCUGGAUGCCGCAGUAACAGCAACGCCUCAGAACGUGCCUAUAUAUGCCCUGCGUGUAAACGUGCCUAGAGGAAACUUGCAUAACUUGUGGGGCCUUCUUGAGCUGGUGUGUUUACUUGCUGCAGUGUAUAAUAGACAGAAACGGAACACCUUAUUCAACAGUCUAUCUGGCAAUGUAUGUAGACGUAACCCUACCCAACUCAUCUGCCGUUGGCCAUUACAUCGGUGACUACGUGUAACCACGCCCACCAACACUGCUGCAGCCGUUAUGCCUGCCGCCCAAAGCAAUCCUUAUGGCCCGGCAUUUCGUAACUUUGCCAAAGCCAGCAUACAACGCACAAUAAACUCUACACACACACCUAACCCAUUAAGCGCGUGCAG